AUGGCCAUUGGGCAGGUCGGCCAACACUUCGCCAUUGACCACUUGGGCCAGGGUUAUAACAGCGGUGUCAAGGACGUGAAUACGCAUCAGGACGACAGGGUCGGACCAGAUCAGGUCGGGCGCCCAGGGAUCCCAUUCCAGUCUCACAAGAUCUCCUCCGUAUACAUUCCGAAGUGCCCCGGUCACGUGAUCGUCCAACUUCGUGCGAGAGUUUCAUCGACACAUUCCACGACACUUCCGCCACACUGUGCCCAGUGCACCGGUUUCUUGCACUAUCAGGCCCUUACCGCAUCUCACAUUAUCACACGCCCGGAUCAUACGUCUCUGGGCAAGGACCGGGCUUUGGGACACGCCAAAACCGCCAAACAGGCCAAGAAAGUCGAAUUUUACGGGGUAUUCCUCCGAGCCACCAGUCAACCGACAUAUUAUACUACUAUUCAGCACUUGAAUAAGCAAGAUAACGGAUGUCUCUAUGUCGACAGGAUCGAAAAUGCAGAAAUAUAUGGCUUCUGA